GAGUUACGCGAGCGAUGACGUGACGCCGCACGUCCCGCGGCACGUGCGGGCGCAAUAAGCGACUCGCGUUUGAAGUCAGUUACCGGCGACGGCGGCGGCACGGCGGCCCGCGAUCGGCUGCCCACGUCGACGUAGGUGAGAUGCGCCAAGGCUGGAAGGAGAGGAAGAGGAGGACGAAGUAGGUGAAAAAUGUCGCGCAGUCUGCCGGACCGAGUGGCCGGGCUCUACUAUGCCCACGGCCUGUUCUGCUCGUCCCAUCCCGUCGUCGUGCUCUCGCUCGCGAUAUCGGUCCUCCUGCUAUGCUGCUACCCGCUUGUCAAUCUGCCCUUGCCGGGCAAUGCCCCGAAAACCCUGAUCAACGACACUGUCCUACCGGCGAACGGCACGGAGACCUCGGUACUGUACGUACAACAAGUGGUGCUGAGAAUCGGAGUGAUGCCAUGGAGCGAGGACCUCACGCUGAUGGACGCAUUCAGGGGACCCCUGUACGAAGUGUUCAAUCUCUUGGAGAUCAUACGGAAUUAUCAGCAUCCAGAAACAUUAGAGACACUUGACAAGGUAUGCUUGCAUAUUGAAACAGUGAAGAAAAGAAAUGGCAAGAAGGCCGAGGUUUUGCCAGAAUACAACUGUCUUGUCUUAUCGCCCGCAAAUCUCUGGCAACAGAGUAUGGAAUUAUUUGCUCAAGACACAAAUCUCAUUAAUACAAUAUUUUCGUAUCAGAACCUUCAGAGGGGUAAGCUAAGUCUCGCCGAAGUGAUGUUUGGAAUGAGUUUGAAGGAAACGGGAGUGAAACGUUAUCCUGCUCGAAUUCGCCAGAGAAUCCUGCAAUAUGCCGUGACUAUUUAUUUAAAGAAAUACGAUCAGGAAUUCGUAAAGGGAUUGCAGCGCCGACUGAGGACCUAUUAUCACCUGCAUCAAAACGUCGACAACAGCACGGGCGUAGACGCGCGCGACGAAGUGCUGAAUAUUUUCUAUCCCGGUGAAUUCAAUUACAGUGAAUUCUUCCCGCUGUUAAUGACUUCCCUGCUAUUAUUUUUGUACGAGUACUUCCAAGUGCGGAAAAUAGAACUGGUAAAGUCUAAAAUCGGCAUUGCGUUCAGUGCCAGCGUGACGGUGAUGGGCUCGCUGUCGAUGACUAUGGGUGUGUGCUUUUUCUUCGGUCUGACGCUGAGCAUGAGUGCCAAGGAAGUGUUCCCGUACUUGGUGAUUAUCUUCGGCCUCGAGAACGUGCAGGUGCUGACGAAGAGUGUCGUGAGCACGCCCGCCCAAUUGGACGUGAAGAUACGCGUCGCGCAGGCUCUGUCGAAGGAGGGCUGGUCCAUCACGAAGAAUCUACUCACGGAGGUGACGAUUCUGACCAUCGGGCUGUUCACCUUUGUCCCGGCCAUCCAGGAGUUUUGCAUAUUCGCCAUCGUCGGCCUGCUGAACGACUUUUUCCUGCAAAUGAUGUUCUUCUCGACGAUCCUGGCGAUCGACAUCAGACGUACGGAGCUGUCCAGCGAGAACUCGAAGUUUCACCUGUCGCACAUUCAGGCGUCGCGCAGACAGCAGUUCACCACCACGAUUACCAACAGGAAGCCCCACAUAUUCCGCUCCAAGUCUCACCCGAGAUUGAACGGCCUCUCCACCGGCCCGACCAGCGUUAUCGCCCCGAAUACACAGAACACUCACACGCUGGCCAAGAUCCCCAAGCGUUUGAGACUGGUGCACUUCUGGGCGCGAACGCGUAUCUUCCAGCGUGCAUUUAUGGUAGGCAUGAUCGUGUGGAUCAGCAUGACCAUUAACGACUACGGCAUCAUCGAGCACAUAAUACACCUAAGCGAGACUGACAUUGAUGGAUAUACGAUAGACAAGCCUCAGUCAUUAAACAACUAUGUCGAGCUAAAUACGGCAACACCUGUGUCUAUAUCGCCUGCAACUGUAGCCCCGGCCAAUCUAAACGAACAGGAUCUAACUAAUAAUGCAACGGAGAAAUUAAAUAAGCUGAGACCUAUGGACUUCCCGCCUUGGAAUAGCCUAUCGCUGUAUCAUUGGUCUUCAAUUCUCUCGAUGUACAACGUGUCGAUCGCCGGCGGACGAGUGACGAUACUGCCGACGAUAAAGUUAUCGCACGCGGUGAGCCCGCAAUUAGCAAGACAAAUUAGCAAUCCAAAUGACGUUCAACACUUCCAGUGGCAGAGUCUCGCCACCGCCGCGCUCGAUCCUUUAGAUUUCUCAGAUAUGGAGGGACCGUCGAGAUCGGAAGGACGUGUAUUCAACGCGGACGCGCCUUUCGUACCGUCGAGCCCGAUGGAGAUAUUUCUAGCCGCUCUGCUGUGCCUCAUCAGCGUGAUCGUGGUCGCGUACACGAUGGUGGUGCUGUACCGUUGUAUCUGCUCGCGAAAUUACGCGGAGUGGCGAGCCAGCUGGCACCAGCAGGAGAAGACGCACGACUCCGUCACGCAGCUGGUGCUGGAGGCGGUACCGCUGGUCCUGGAGGGCCACACGCAGGAGGUGGAGUGCAUCGCGACGGACGGCAACACCGUCGCGAGCACGUGCCUAGCGGGACACAUCAGGGUAUGGGACUCGACGUCCGGCGAGCAGUUGGCGCACAUCGACCGACGGCUGUUCUUCAGCGGUCCGCAGAAAACGUUGAGCCAAACGUCCCCGGACGCCGACGAGCUGAUGUCGGAUUACGAGAGCGGCUCGCCGCCGUCUCGCGGCGAGAUGGAGGCGGCGCAGUCGAUGGGAUUCUACUCGCCGGCCUCGGCGAUGUACCAAGGGAAGUUGUCUCCCGCUUACAACAUGCGAAGGGUCAACAGCAGCAACAGCAACAACAACAACCGGCGAUCCGUCGGGAGCAUGCUGGACUACGAUUAUCAGAUCAACGAGCUCGGUAGCGACACCAAGCAGAAGCUGCUGCUGCGUCGAAGCCUGGGCAGCGCUUACGAUCUUCCCGACCUGAGGCCGGCGAUCAACGUCAAAUUCUCGAACAUAAAAUAUUCACCCUCGCAAAAGAAUUACGAUCAAGGCUUCGACUUCGGCGAGCGGUACAAGAUCAUGCUGGAGGAGCACAACAGGUCGAUCGAGGAGAUGCAAAAGUCUAAGGCGAGGGAACCGCUGAACGUUCUUUCUGCGAGAUCGAGCAAUUUAGUUGGCAGCACAUCGUCCAUAAACACCGAUCGCACAAUACAAUCGUCGCAGAUUAUAGCGGCGAUUUGGUGUAUGGAUUAUCAGGAAAAUCUCAUAGUGGUGGGGUGCGCUAACGGCAGUCUAGAAUUCUGGGAGGGCACGACCGGUAGAUUCAAGUGUCUCUUCGAUGAUGGAUCAGGACUUGGAAUCUCUGCCGUUAGACUCGUCGGUAGCAGAGUAGUCGCGGCUAAACUGAAUGGAACUGUCGACUUCCUGCAACUUGAGAGCUACAGCGAAGGCCAGCAGAUUGAUUGGGGCUUCACGUCUUACAGAAGAACGCACGUGCGAACGGGAAGCGCUGGUUCGCCGAUGGACCUAAACAACAGCAUGCAAACGGAGGAGGAUCUGCGUUGCAUGAAAAUCGGCUCUCACAGAGCGCAUCAACAAGCGAUCACUGUCUUAGACAGCGAAGGCGGUCGUGUAUUGACAGGCAGCCAGGAUCACACCUUGAAAGUGUACAGGUUAGAAGACCAGCUGCCCCUGUAUACGCUUCAUGGACACUGCGGUCCGAUAUCGUGCCUCUUUAUCGAUAGAAUAAGUCCCAUGACAUCCGGUAGCGGCUCUCAAGAUGGACUGUUGUGCGUGUGGGAUCUGCUGACAGGAGCGUGCAUGUAUAGUAUUCAAGCCCACGACGGUGCUGUGGCCGCUAUCACAUGUUCAGUGUCCUAUGUGAUAAGCAUCGGAACAGAUGAAAGACUGUGCGUCUGGGAACGCUUUCAAGGACACUUAUUGCAUACUUUGCCGGCGCAUAAAGCAGCUUAUAGCUUACAAUUGGUGAUGUUAACGCAUCAUCUCCUCAUAACCAGCAAUCAGGGAUCAUUAGUGGUCUGGGACGUACGGACGGGCGAGCCGGUGCGGGAAGUAAGAUUGGGUCAUAAAGACAGCUGCAUUUUCGUAAAGCAAAUGCUGGCGCUGAGGGACAGUGUCGUCUGCGACUAUGGUCGGCAAUUGAGAAUAGUCAGAUUUCCGCUGGUCUCUGAUAAGCUGGAUUAAAGUUCUUCGUACGCGCGUGUACAUAGCCGUUUUUUUUUCUCUAUCUUUAGCGACAUUCAUUUGAAGAAGUGUGUUACGUUAUUAAUUUAGAUCUUAGAAACUGUAGAUUUUUAUACAACAUAUAUAUCGCGUGUAUAUUCUAAAGAGUGAUGUAUAUUUUCGAUGUAAGUUUUAUGUUGUAUGAUAAUACACGUCUUUACGGGAAUA